CUGCUUAUCUCGUGUAACGACCCUUCUUAUCGAUUACAAGAAUCUUUUGUUAUCGGGAACUUUUCUCAAGACUGUCUCCAUUUUAUUUUUCUUACCAUUAAACCAUUCAACAAAAACAUUGGAUGACCCUCUGCAAGACAAUUACUGCUGCGUCCAUUCAAUAUAUACAAUUUCACUACUUACAAUGGCGCCGGAAAAAAGAAAUAACUUCCUAGAUGCGGACGAAAGCGAAGAUGAUGGCAGUCAAGGCUACGAUUCAGAGGCCGAACAAUUACAGAAAGGCGGUCGAGUCGCGAAGCGUCGCAAAUUGAGUGACGGCGCUACCAGCGACGAAGACGAAGAUGAAAUCUUCAGCGCGGGAGAAGAUCUUGAAGGGGAUGAGGACAUAAAACAAGGAACUUCGCAGGAAGAAAAGGAAGAAUCGUUGGAGAUAGUAGAGGAAGACCAACCGAAACCCAAGAAAGACCUACAACUAGAACUACCAGACAUCUCGCGUCCACUUACCAAAAAGAAUUUGGUAGCUACAGAAGCUGCAGUCAAGAAAUCCGGUCUCGUUUACCUCUCGCGAAUACCCCCCUUUAUGAAGCCUGCGAAACUACGAUCCCUACUUGAACCAUAUGGGAAGAUCAACAGGAUAUUUCUCACACCCGAAGAUCCCCAAGAACGCGCGCGACGGAUUAGACAUGGUGGGAACAAAAAGCACAUGUAUACCGACGGAUGGGUGGAAUUUGUCAACAAGAAAGACGCAAAGAAGGCCGUUGAAUUGCUGAAUGCCCGAACUAUCGGCGGAAAGAAGAAUACUUAUUAUCGUGAUGACAUCUGGAACCUACUUUAUCUCAAAGGUUUCAAGUGGGACAAUCUCACGGAACAGAUCAAUUCAGAGAUGGCCGAAAGGACGAGUCGAAUGAGAGCAGAAAUCAGCAAAUCAACCAAAGAGAAUAAGGAAUUCGUUAGAAAUAUCGAGAGAGCUAAAAUGCUAGAGGGGAUACAGGCCAAGGCAGCAACGAAAAGAAGCAAAGAUAACAUCUCUAAGGCAAGAGAUCCCGAAAGUUCUCGGAAUGCGUUGAAGUUCAAGCAAGCUUCUGUGGUCAAGAAAGGGGUGAACAAGGCUCCCGAGGAAGCUAAACGAGUUCUGAGCAAGUUAUUUUAAUCCAAUUGAUAAUGAUACCCAUGGUUUUGGCUUAUGCCUAGAACACUAAAAUAUGGCACUCGUGCAUUUGACGGGAUAUAACGUCGCGGUUUUUCUGGAGUUUCCAUGAAGACCACAAAUACGGACGCAGCUAACUGCACAAACCA